ACCGAUGCUUCUUUCUCCAGACUUCCAGAAGGAGAUGUGUGACAGUCUUCACCCCACUGCAGCUGUUUUGAGGGCAGCAUGCAGUGACACAGACCAGUUCUGCUUUGUUUACUCUUUUACUGUCACUUCUGUUGAUUGUCUGCAAGUGAGGCUUCUUUUGUUAUAGUUUAAAACUGUACAUUGACAUGAACUGCAUGAGACCAGAUAACUUUUGGUUCAGAUUUUACAAACUGCAGGCUGAGCUGCAGAUAAUUUUUCAGCGGCAGCAGCGACAGCCAGAGUGCCAGCAGGAAGCUCUGGCCAGUUUUGAACCGAAGAGCGAUUACUGCACUCAGGUCAGCAACAAGUGUGAGAACCUGUUGACAGCCUCAAAGUGCAAUGUGUUGCAAGAAUGUGUGAAUAAUGAAUGGAGCCAGCCUAAAGUGACAGACAGUCAUUGUGAGAAGUGUAUGAGCAAAAUGAAAAUUAUCUCCGAGAAGAUGAAGAAAAGUUCUGGAGAGGAAGAGAUGAAAAAUGUGCUGCAGGAAGGUUGUGAAACGAUCAAAGACCAAGAGCUUAAACAGCAGUGCCACAAAUUUGUUGAUUCCGAUUGGCAUGUAGCAGUUGAUUUCAUCAAGGAAGAUGUGGUAUGUACAUGA